GCGCUGCGGGGCAUUGUGGGAGUCCUUGCCCGUGGCGGCCGCUUGCUGCCUGCGCUGAUCGCCGAGGCCCGGGGAGCGUGUCCUCCGCCUGCGCGCCGGUUCUGCGGCACCUGGCCCAAGACCCGGAGCUGAGGGCAAGUGCUGGAGUCUGGGGUCGUUCCGCGCCGCCGGGUGGACGCUGUACCCGGCCUGGGGCUGCCCCUCCCGCUCACCGCCCUGGAGCUGCUGAGGGACGUCCACGUGGGCCUGGCGUCGCCGAGCCGCGGCCCUGCCCGCCUGGCGCUGCUCUCGGGCCACUACCUCUACUACCACUACGGCUGCGACGGUCUGGAUGACCGCGGCUGGGGCUGUGGCUACCGCACUCUGCAGACGCUGUGCUCGUGGCCGGAGGGCCAGCCCGCGGGCGUACCUGGACUGGCCGCCGUGCAGGCGGCCCUGGAGGACAUGGGUGACAAGCCCCCCGGCUUCCGGGGUUCGCGCGACUGGAUCGGCUGCGUGGAGGCCAGCCUGUGCCUCGCUCACUUCGGAGGGACCCAGGGGCGCCUCUGCCACGUGCCUCGGGGAGCGGGGCUGCACGGGGAGCUGGAGAGGCUUUACUCCCACUUCGCAGGGGGCGGGGGCCCAGUCAUGGUUGGAGGGGACGCGGAUGCCAGGUCCAAGGCCUUGCUGGGAGUCUGCAUCGGGUCAGGCACGGAAGCCUACGUCCUGGUAUUGGACCCUCACUGCUGGGGCGCUCCAAAAAGCCCCAGUGAACUACAGGCUGCUGGGUGGGUGGGCUGGCGAGAGAUAAAGGAGGCCUUUGACCCCAACUCUUUCUACAACCUGUGCUUGACCAGCCAUAGCUCAGAAUAGCAGCAGCACCCCCGAGACUGACAGCGAAGUUCCAGAACUGAGACUCUCCAGUCCCAGACAUGCAUCUGUGUACCUGAGGCUGGUGUCCCCGCAGAGCCGGGGCCUUUUGACAUCAGUAAUAAAAGUGACAGGGCUGAGCAGCA